UUCUUCAGUUUAGUUGACCUGAUUCAAAGAGUCGAAUAUUUUCAGACAAACCGGAAAUCGCUGACUAAGUGAGUGACGCAGCACAAAAGAUGAUCGCUGAUUGGUUGAAAUGCUUUGGCGAAUGGAUUUGAAAAGCUUUUCGCCAACCGCCAGACUGCCGGGCUGGAACUGCCUCGAGAAGCAAGAGCAAAUUGAAUAAAAAGUUACCAUUUAACAGAAUAAAAAUGGCUCCUAGAAAAAGAACCACAAAUACUAAAAACAAAAAGAAUCCCAAGAUGCCCAAACUGGAAGCUUUUCUGCUUGACUUUGAUGAUGAAGUAAAUACAAUCGUUAAGAGACUGAAUGAAAAGACCAACAACCUUCUUAAGGAUGCAGACAACCUGUACAACAUGACUCUGAUCAAGCUUCCCAUGGCCGUGAGACAGAUGAACUGGGUUCAGUAUUGCGGUUCUGAAAAGCCAGAAACACCAGUGGAUGAAUCUAAGAAAAAGGAGGAAGCUGCUCAGGUGGAGCUCACCAUUGCUCAGGACCACACAAUUCCCCCUAAAUCAGCCAAAAAAAAGUCAAAAUCUAGUGUAAAGUCUGAUGACGAAGAGAAUUUGGUGCCGAAGUCUACAACCAAAAAGGGAAAACCAAAAAAAGCACCAUCAACUAGCAAGAAGGCCAGAGCUCUCUCUGUGAGCAAGCAGAAUGGCACCAUCAGAAAAUCCACUAGGAAGCCCCUGGUCACCCCAGCCAGAAGUUUCUUGGACUCCUCCAUCAUCGGCCCAACUCCACUCCUCACCCCACGGUUCGACUCCAGGUUGCCCAAGACCCCAGCAGUAAGAGUUCCCCGUCACAGAGAGAAGGUGUACAGCAUUUCUGUGAACGGCUCGCCCAUCGCCGGAGGCUCUGAGGACAUCGUCAUCAACGUCCCUCUGGGCAACGGAGAGUGCAUUCAGCUGCUGGCCAGUGAAAUGGACUCUGUCGAUCUGAGUCGGCUGGAUGAGAGAGCCAUGCGCAGUAUCCGACAGCUGCAGAACCGACUCUCCACUCUGUGCGGAACCUCAGCGUGAAGAGAACGAUCUUUUUCUCUUGUUUUUUUUUUUUUUUUUUUUUAGAGCUGUGUGUACAUCACAAUGUUAUUUCAGUCUUGUCUAUUUCCUUUUUUUAUCUCUUGUUCCUGUUGUAUAUAUUAUGGGCAUUUUCUCACUCUACGACUUCAGGGUGUCCCAAAAGUCUCAACAUAAAAAGAAAUGUAACUUUGAUUUACAGAACAUCUUCUACAUGAUUAUUUCUUUGUAAACACACAAAGCUGUCUUUCAUACCCAUGUAACUCCUUGCUUAUGCUCUUUUACCGUGUUUAUGGAGACUUUUAGGACACCAUUUUGUAAAUAUUUUUUAAUAGUGGCAUUGUUUAGCCUGUUUAAAAAUCAAAAUGUCAUUUCCAUGAUAUUUAUCUGUAACUCUCUGUGAUGCUUUUCUUAUAGAGCAGAAGUACUGGAUGCAUCUCUCAAAGCUUAGGACGAGCAUUUAUAGUUUUUAAGUGAUUUUAGGCCAGCCUUAUAAUAAUUUAAUAUGUAGGGCAUUUAAUUCAACCUUGUCUCUUGGUAGGUAGAACAUCCAGCUACAUGUAACAGUGUGUAAUGUAUGUAUAAAAAGAAUUCCAGCAUAUAAACAGCAUCAAAUAUCA